GCGAGUUUUACCCCCUCUGUUUCUCAGACACUAUAUGCUCCCCCAACAAUUUUGUGCGCACUGAUGCUGGUCGUCGUUGCGUAAGGAGAUCUGCAAACUGGCAGCUUACAUAACCGCCGAGCAGGUCAGGUGUAGAGAGCAAGCAUCCAUUCCAUCCACUCACUCACUUGUUGAUUCAACUUCCACAGCAAACAGUCUACCCACAUCCACUUGGUCAUUGAUCUACCGGCCUUUACGUCUGCCAAAAAAAAAACCAGUGACUUGCUUCCGUACGAGGUGAUUAUUGUUUUGGACGAACUCGAGCUCUACCAAAUCUCCUCGUUCUAGGAUACGCCUGCCGGAAACCCUCCGAUCUCCCCGCACCAUGGCCGCCAACCUCUCCAACUCGGGGGAGCUGUAUGAAUCUGGACUGACUGUCCAUUCGGAUUCCGAGGUUUAUUCCGCCAACCACGAUGUCUCAUCUCAUUCUUCCUCGACCUCGAGCUCCCCUCUGAUUCUCUACCAACCCCCGACGCUUUGGAGCAUUCUGCGAGGUGCCGCUAUCAACCUGAUCCUCCCCUUUGUGAACGGCUUGAUGCUGGGUUUCGGUGAGCUUUUUGCACAUGAGGCUGCCUACAGGCUAGGCUGGUCUGGCACAAAGGUGUUUCCCAUGCAUCGGAGAUCUAGGCCAGCUGGACCUGGCAUUGAAGUGCGUGAGAUCCCCCAGCGACGGAGCACUAGAGCCGCCGGCUUGCAAGACACCACGUCGUUGGAGUAGAGAAAUAGUUGGAUAGGCAGCAUUAUAGACCCUUGGAUCGGUGAAGCAAUUAUGGAGCUUCAAAUAGGAAACAGAAUCUCGACAACACUUUCAUCGGAUCAGAAUAAGCAAGCGCAGGGAUGCGCGUAGGCUGAGAAGUUCUAGUGUACAUAGAUCCAAGCAUCAGUUGACAUUUCGGUUCUAACGGCGUUUGGCGAAGCUCAUAAACUCGACAAAUAUGUCGCAGAAUUGUUCACGGAGAUCAAAU